AUGCCGCUUCACACACACACAGAAACAAACACCCACCCCCUUAGACAGUCCUCAGACCACAGACCUCAGUACCCAGACCUCAGUACCCAGACCUCAGUAUCCAGACCUCAGAACCCAGACCUCAGUACCCAGACCUCAGUACCCCGACCUCAGACCUCAGUACCCAGACCUCAGUAUCCAGACCCCAGACCUCAGUACCCAGACCUCAGAACCCAGACCUCAGAACCCAGUACCCAGACCUCAGUACCCAGACCUCAGAACCCAGUACCUAGACCUCAGUACCCAGACCUCAGAACCCAGUACCCAGACCUCAGUACCCAAACCUCAGAACCCAGUACCCAGACCUCAGUACCCAGACCUCACAACCCAGUACCCAGACCUCAGUACCCAGACCUCAGAACCCAGUACCUAGACCUCAGUACCCAGACCUCAGAACCCAGACCCCAGUACCCAGACCUCAGAACCCAGUACCCAGACCUCAGAACCCAGACCUCACAACCCAGUACCCAGACCUCAGUACCCAGACCUCAGAACCCAGUACCUAGACCUCAGUACCCAGACCUCAGAACCCAGACCCCAGUACCCAGACCUCAGUACCCAGACCUCAGAACCCAGUACCCAGACCUCAGAACCCAGACCUCAGUACCCAGACCUCAGAACCCAGACCUCAGUAUCCAGACCUCAGUACCCAGACUUCAGAACCCAGUACCUCAGAACCCAGACCUCAGAACCCAGUACCCAGACCUCAGAGCAUCAGACAGUCUGGGCAGGUGUGGACGAUGA